AUGGAUUUCCGCAAGCAGUUCAGGAAAGUUGGUGUUACACCACUGGCCCCCAACAGUCUCGUGGAAGUAGGACCAGAGGAACUGGGCCGUAGGGCACGAGAAAAAGAUGUGGUUAGCAUCCUCCACCGUGUCGCACAAGGGGCACAUCCCGUUCCCAGUAGGAAAAGAAAAACUUUCCCCGUCGUUUCGCCGCCAAUUACAGCCACACUCACCCACCACGAGGUGUACAAUCAGAGAUUCGUCCCGUGCCUCACCCUCCCACCCCAACGAUUUCGUCGAGCACCUCGCGGGCAAAGCAGGCGGACGGCGGACGGACAAAUCAUGGAGGAGAGCGGCGCGAGCGCGGCGGCCGUAGUCCCUCGGCUGUUGGCGGCCAAGGAGGAGUCCGGGAAAAGCUUCUCCGACAUCGCGGCCGAGACAGGGCUCACCAACGUCUACGUCGCGCAGCUCAAGCCCGACAUGGCGCCCGCGUUCCGGGCGGCCGUCCCGGCGCUCACCGACGAGCUCGGGGCGCGCGAUUACUGCCAGCUACUUCAAACACUAACUAUAGCGCAUGAUGUUGUAAAGCAAAGUGCUUCUGUACUUUGCCUGUUGCACUUGAUAAUCCACUUUGUUCUCAACAGUCUGGCACAGUUGUACCAUGCUGUUUUUGUCCAGAGUAGAUUGAAUGAAGCUGUUAUGCAUUUUGGAGAGAGCAUCAAGGAGAUCAUCAAUGAGGAUUUUGGUGAUGGAAUCAUGUCGGCUAUAGACUUCUACUGUUCAGUUGACAAGAUUCAAGGGGCUGAUGGAAAAGAUCGUGUGGUGGUCACAUUUGAUGGGAAGUAUCUGCCUUACACCGAGCAGGAGCAGAUGAAUAUUCAGCAUAUUAACAAAGCUGCACUUAAGUACCAAAGCUGGAUAGAGUUCUAUGGCCGCAGCCACAACCCCUUUCCCUUCCGAAAAGAUGUCAAGUGCAGGUUCCUCAAUCUUCCUCUGAAGGAGUUUGUCCAAUUCACCUCUUAA